GCAAAAAGUACGCACCUCUGCCGUUGCGGGAUGACUUUCCUGCACGAUUACAUCCGACAGUUCGUCCAGGAGUGCCAUAUGCUCUUGAGGAUCACCACCGCCGGCAUUGGGUGGUGGAGCCAUCUUCAGCCGCCGGUAGUAAAGCAGCAGAAACCGGGCCCGUUGCGUUUGCGGUGUUUCCAUCUCAAUGAUCCGGUCUAAACGAGAGACACGCUGAUUCUCUGAUGUUUAUCAUGAUUGUCGGAAAACGAACCUCAAUGCUGCUGUGUAGGUCCUCAAACACUUUGGCUAGGACUAUAGUAACAUUCAGGACUAAAGUGAUCGAUCACGAUGGAUGGCCUAGCAAUGUCCCAUUAUCGCCAAGAAACGUAAAGUGCAAAUCAAUACCAAAGCUUCACCGCUGUAGCCACAAUCAACAAGGUGCCAACAAGAUACAGCAGCAUAUCGACUUCGACCCAUACGUACUGUUGAAGCAUGAUCUGGCGUACAUCUACGAAGAUAUUCGUCAGGAACUAAACCGCGCAACAAUCCAUCAGGAGCUGAACAAAAUGGCCGCAUACUACCUAGAUGGACAGGGUAAAGCAUUCCGUCCAAUGGUUACAAUAUUGAUGGCAAAGGCACUGAACCAUCAUGCUGACAAUGAAAACACCUGCCUAUCGAACGCUCAGCGACAGAUAGCAAUGAUUUCGGAGAUGAUUCACACCGCAAGCUUAGUGCACGAUGACGUCAUCGACCAGUCGUACGCUAGACGAGGCAAACCGAGUGUCAACCUACUGUGGAAUCACAAACAGCUAACAUUGGCUGGUGACUUUAUCAUUGCCGUUACCUCGAUGAUGCUGGCACGCGUACGGCACGAUGAAGUGUCGCAUAUACUCAGCCAAACACUAACCGAUUUGGUACAGGGCGAGUUCAUGCAGCUUUACUCGGCGGAAACGGAAAAUGAGCGCUUCGCACAUUAUUUCACCAAAACGUACAGGAAAACCGCCUCAUUAAUAGCCAACAGUUUGAAGGCAAUUGGUGUGCUGUCCGGGGUGGACAAUCAUAUGGUGGAGCUAAGCUUCCAGUAUGGACGCAAUAUUGGACUCGCCUUCCAGCUCGUAGAUGAUCUGCUGGACUUUGUGUCCAGCUCGGAAGUGCUGGGAAAACCGGUAGCGGUCGAUUUGAAGCUCGGUCUUGCCACUGCUCCGGUGUUGUUCGCUUGCGAGCAGUUCCCUGAGUUAAACUUGAUGAUUCGUCGACGCUUUCGUGAUCCGGGUGACGUCGAGAGAGCCUUUGAGAUGGUGCAUAUGUCGCGGGGAUUUGCGCAGACACGCCACCUCGUCCAAAGACACUGUUCUGAGGCCUGCCGUUUGGCAUCUCAGCUCUGUGGGUCACCGUACCAGAAGGGUCUAAUCAUGGUAAGCGAUAUGAUCCUCAAACGGAUGCAAUAAAAAAAGGAUAAGCUAACAUGAAAAUCCAGAUAAAUAUUAAGAUGUCUACAGAUAUUAAGAACCGGACAUGUCUAGAAAUUAAACCACUGCUACAUUG